AUGCUUCUCUACACACGUACAAAAGACGGCCUGAAGGCUCACAUACAGCCCGGUGAAAGCAGUAAAAUCCCCGAUGAUAGCAAUAAGAAACCUGGUGAUAGUAGUAACAAUCCUAGUGAUAGAUAUCAGAAGCCCGGUGAAAGCAGUAAAAACCCCAGUGAUAGCAAUAAGAACCCUGGUGAUAGCAGUAAGUAUCCUAGUGAUAGAUAUCAGAAGCCCGGUGAUAGCAGUAAAAACCCCGGUGAUAGCAAUAAGAACCCUGGUGAUAGCAGUAAGAAUCCUAGUGAUAGAUAUCAGAAGCCCGGUGAAAGCAGUAAAAACCCCAGUGAUAGCAAUAAGAACCCUGGUGAUAGCAGUAACAAUCCUAGUGAUAGAUAUCAUAAGCCCGGUGAAAGCAGUAAAAACCCCAGUGAUAGCAAUAAGAACCCUGGUGAUAGCAGUAAGAAUCCUAGUGAUAGAUAUCAGAAGCCCGGUGAUAGCAGUAAAAACCCCGGUGAUAGCAAUAAGAACCCUGGUGAUAGCAGUAAGAAUCCUAGUGAUAGAUAUCAGAAGCCCGGUGAAAGCAGUAAAAACCCCAGUGAUAGCAAUAAGAACCCUGGUGAUAGCAGUAAGAAUCCUAGUGAUAGAUAUCAGAAGCCCGGUGAAAGCAGUACAAUCCCCGGUGAUAGCAAUAAGAACCCUGGUGAUAGCAGUAAGAAUCCUAGUGAUAGAUAUCAGAAGCCCGGUGAAAGCAGUAAAAUCCCCGAUGAUAGCAAUAAGAACCCUGGUGAUAGCAGUAAGAAUCCUAGUGAUAGAUAUCAGAAGCCCGGUGAAAGCAGUAAAACCCCGGUGAUAGCAAUAAGAACCCUUGUGAUAGCAGUAAGAAUCCUAGUGACAGAUAUCAGAAGCCAAGUGAAAGCAGUAAAACCCCGGUGA